AUGUGUGGAAGAAGUUCAGGCAGGGAGGUACUUGGAGGAGGCCUUGGUAGAAGUGCCUUUGGUGAACAAGGGGCCGGACAGAGUUUUGGGCAGGCUGGUGUUAGCAGAGGCAUCGAGGAGGUCCGUGUCAAUACCAACCUGCUGAGGCCAAUACAAGUACAAGUCGACCCUGAGUUCCAGAGAGUGCGAUCAGAUGAGAAAGAGCAGAUUAAGGCUCUCAACAACAAAUUUGCAUCAUUCAUUGAUAAGGUUCAAUGUCUGGAGCGGCAGAACCAGGCUCUGAUCGCCAAAUGGGAACUUCUGCAGCAGCAAAGUACCCGACCAGAAGAGAGCAGAAAUAUCUCCUCUUUCUUCCAAUCUUACAUCAGCAGCCUGCAGAGGCAGCUAGAAACACUCCAGGACCAGAAGGAGCAGCUGGAUCCGGAAGCGUAUAAUAUGCUUCAGCUUGUUGAAGAUUAUAAAAAGAGAUUCGAGGAUGAGAUCAACAAGCGAGCAUCUAAAGAGGAGGAGUUUGUGGAGCUUAAAAAGGAACUGGACCGUGCCUACAUGGGAAAAACAGAGUUUGAUAUUCGGGUGGAAAUACUGAGGCAGGAGCUUGAGUUCCUCAGAUGCUUACAUGAAGCUGAGCUCUCCCAGCUGCAAAUUGUAGUUGGCAACACCAAUGUCAUUCUGUCCAUGGACAACCAUAGAGAACUGAACAUGGAUGGCAUCAUCGAAGAAGUCAGGCAGGAGUAUGAGACAAUUGCUCAGAGGAGCAAAGCUGAAGUAGAUGCCAUGUAUCAGGGCAGGUACCAGGACCUUCAGAAUAUGUGGGUGAAUCAACGUGAGCAACUGAAGAACAGUUAUCAGGAAAUCCAGGAACUUACCAGGCACAUCCAAAGACUACAACCAGAAAUUGAAAUUGCAAGGAAAAAGAAUGCCAGCCUCCAAGAAACCAUUAAAGAUGCUGAGCAGCGUGGGAGCUCUGCUAUCAAAGAUGGCCAGCAAAAGCUUCAGGAGUUGGAAGAUGCCCUGCAGCAGGCCAAAGAUGAUCUGGCUCGUCUUCUCCUUGAUUAUCAGGAGCUCCUGAAUGUGAAAUUGGCCCUGGAUAUUGAAAUUGCCAUGUAUAGGUCACUCCUUGAAGAGGAGGAGACCAG